AUGACUGAAGUCGACGUCGUCUUGCCGGAGGGCGUUGCCGAGCCCAAAUCCAAAUUACUUGCCAAGACAUCAGCAGCACCAGUAUCAGCAAAAUCAGUGGCAACAGCGAAGGUGGCAAGUGACGACGACGACGACAACAACAGCAACAAUAGCAACAACAGCAACAGCAGAAGCGAAGAUUUACAGCAAGAUGAUUUGCAGAAGACAAACUCUAAGCGGGAUGUUGAGCAGGAGCCGGAGACUAAGCAGUUGAAGCAAGCCAAUAAGCUGAAAGUGGUGGAUGCUGUGAUAGACGCCAAGUUGCCCCUGGAUAGCAACAGCAACACGAACAGCAACAGCAAUAGCAAUGACGAUUGCAAAAUUGAUGGCGAUGCAAAGCAGGUGACGGUAGAAGAGUCCAUGGAUGUGGAUGAGACUACCGAGGAGGAUGAAGGUGACUCACAGAUAACCAGCUCCACAGAGAAUGGCAAUAGUAAAGACCCAAAGCUAGUAGAUGGAGACGAAGGAGCAGAGGACGAGGAGGAGGAGGAGGAAGUGACCACUAAUGGUGAUCAUGAGGAUACUGAAGAGGAUCAUGAGAAAAUUGGCAGUACAGCGGAAAACAGUUGUGAUGCUGAAGAUCCACUGGGUGCAGCGACACAGCCAGUUGCGGAACAGCAGGAGCAGGUGGAUGAGCUAGUAACAGAGAAGAAGAACAGCGAUGAAGUGGAUGAUCUGGAAGAGGAGGAGGGUAGCCAGGAGAGCGGCACAGCUAAAACUGUAACCGACUCCGAAGCCGAAGCAAUCCACACAGAGGAAGAGGAGGAGGAAGGAGUGGUCGAGUCAAAGAAGAAAGAGACGCCACUGAAUGGCUUCAUUCAGAGCCCAGAGGCUAAGGGGGCAGCUAAAAGAGCGCCCAAAGCAGCAGCAGCAGAUGCCGCCAAUAAAGCCAACGGUCAGGCGAGCACAGCUGAAGCAACGAAAUGCAAUGAUAUCACUGGUCAUGACAAUGACGAGGACGACGAUGCUGGCGGUGUUGUCAAUUUGGAUGAAGACAGCGAUGAGGAUGAGGUGAUGCCCGAAGCACCGCCAGCGACAGCUGCUGCUGCUGCUAAGCCAAGCAAGGCAGCAGCGCCCAGCAAAGCAAAAUCAAUGCCACAAGCAGCGGUUGCUGUUGCGGCUGCUUCCAGCGGCGGUGAAUCUUCCGAUGAUGCCGUGGUAAUUCCCUCCGACUCUGAAUCGGAAACGGGACAAAUGGCAGUGGUGACGCCACAACAGACAACAAGCAAAAAGAUGUCACCCGUUGUGAAGGUAACGCCAGCAGCGGCAGCACCACCACCGCCGCCAGUCCAGGAUGACGAUGAUGAUGAUGAUGACUGUGUGGUCAUUGAGGAUGAUACGCCACCAAGUAUUUCGCCAAGCGAUCAGGGAGUUAACAAGCGCAAGAGCGAUCUGGACGAUCUGCAGUCGAACAGCAAGCGACAGCGCAGCUCGACGCCCUCCACUAACAUGGUUAACAUGGGUACUGGCAUCGGUCUGGGGCAGCUGACCAUCAAAGAUGCGCGCACUCUAAUGCCACACGAGGCAGGUCCAACAGCGGGCGCAGCUGUCUAUCCGGUGACCAUAACAAAUGCCGUCACUGGCGUGGCCACAAAUCUUGGCAAUGCACCACCGAAACUGGUGCCGAUGUCGACGGGUAUUUCAGGUACAGGCUUGGGUGCGACAGUGCAGCUAAAUCCGCCAACGCUCUCGUUAACUGCCGCUGGUCUACCCAGCAUGACGAAUAAUGCGAAUCUGUUGCCGGGGCUAACGGACGAUAUGUUCGUGUUGGAGGCGCCCUCAUUUAUUGUGCCCUACAUCUAUGAGAAGCCACCGAAUGAUAAUAUCCGCGAGGUAAUCAGAGCUAUUGAGACGAAAUAUGCGCUCUCUCCCGAGGAUUUAGCUGUGGCGGAUAAGCUAGAUGAGUUCGACAUGAUGACCGAACAGAAUAAGGAGGAUAAACUCAAUGCGGAUGCCCAGGGCAAGAAGAAAAAGAAGCGUGGCGACGAUGAAUCUUGGUCGGAGCAAUCCGAUGAGGAUGACGAUGAGGACGAUGACGAUGAUUCGGAGUCGGGUGUGCGCACCAAGGUUCUAAUCAAAGAGGCCAACGAUGACCUGACCGCACUUAAGGGCGCCAUAAAACCAGCUGCUGCACUAGCCGCAUCGGGUGGUGUCACCUCCAAUGUGGCCGCCAAGCCUGGCCAGGAGAACUAUUUCGAGAGUCCGUUGGGUAAAUUCUUCAUGGACAUUGGCGUUGGUCUUGUCCAGGAAUACGUUCAGGCCGAUCUGUUGCGAUUGCAGAAGCGCAAGAUGCGCAAAUCUCUCACACGGGAUCCCAAGGACUUUGAGAUGGCCAUCAAUGCGCUCAGUGGCAAUCUGCAGGCAUCUAAGACGAAAAAUGCACCCUUCAAGUUCACGAUGAAACGCUGCGAAUUCUGCAACUUUAAAUCCGAAUCGGCGCUCUCCAUGGCGAAUCACUAUGAGACGCCGCACAUGAAUGGAGUGCUGUACAAGUGCAACUUUUGCACAUUCGAGAUACGCAACGCCACCGAAAUCGUUUACCACAUGGAGGCGGUGCACAAUAUUAAGGCGCGCUUGAUCAAACCGUUGCCGUAUCAUCAGUGCCCUAACUGUGGGUUCGAGGAUAAUGGCAAGGCGAAACUUGCACGCCAUCAGCCCGUCUGCGCCAAGAAGUUCCGGCCGGAACUUAAUCUGGCGCCGCCCAACGAUUGGGAAGCACCUGCCAAGAUACCGCGCAUCAAGCCACGCCACGGACUCGUUGGCACAGCAACAGCCUAUCAGGCUAUGGCUGCGCAGGCGGCGGCGCAGAAGGUAGCGUUGGCGAAUAUUCAACAGCAACAGGCAGCAGCUCAGGCCCGCAAUCUGCAGGCAGCGGCGCUCGCCGCACAGAAUGCGGCCAAAAUGCGUCAGCGGGCGCCUCAGAUGCCCAAGGCAAUGCCAAAUGCCAACAAUAUGGUGAGAAAUCCAGCGCCCGUACGCGGAACCAUUGGCAAUAAUGCGGCUCUCUCGCUGCCCAACAGCUAUCAGCUCGCCGCAGGACAGCUUGUCCAGCAAGCAUCCAAGAAGCCCAUAGCCGGGCAGCCGAGUAUCUCAAUAACGCCACUACCUCGACAAAGUGCGAUUGGCAGCAAUGCGGCAGCUGCGUCGUCUAGCAAACAGCCAACGGCGGCAGCACCUGGCAUGAAGCCCGGCCAGAGUCCCAGCGGCGGUAACAACAAGGCGCAGUUUGUCAUCUGCGAAAUAUGCGAUGGCUAUAUCAAGGAUCUGGAACAGCUGCGUAAUCAUAUGCAAUGGAUGCACAAAGUGAAGAUACAUCCGAAGAUGAUCUAUAAUCGGCCACCAUUGAACUGCCAGAAGUGUCAGUUCCGCUUCUUUACGGAUCAGGGCUUGGAAAGGCAUUUGCUUGGCUCACAUGGCUUGGUCACAAGUUCCAUGCAAGAGGCUGCCAACAAGGGCAAGGAUGCCGGACGCUGUCCAGUCUGUGGCAGGAUGUACCAAUGGAAGCUACUAAAUCACGUAUCGCGCGAUCAUCACAUGACCCUGAAGCCCGCACAUUUAUCCUACAAGUGCACCGUAUGUACGGCAACAUUCGGCAUGUACAAACAGUUCGAGACGCAUGUGUAUACGGCGCACAGCACUGUGGCCAGAAAGGCAAUGGACAGCAAGAAGAAUAGCGCACAGUCGCAGUCCAGCAGUAGUAGUGGUGGUGGUGGUGGUGCCGGCUUGUCGCGUAAUUCGCUGGGUGCCGCCAACGAUUCGCUGCUGAAGCCGCUGAAGAUCAAUGAUGAGAUCACCAUUAUACCACAGCCCGCAUCGAAGCCACGCAUCACAAAUAUGGAGAGUCAUGUUAUAGAUUAAAUGGCGCGCAUCGUGUGGAUCAACCAAAAAACCUAAUCUCGCAUAGUUAUUGCUGCAGCAUUUUGGCCGCUGGCGCGUUUAGAUAAGUUUUUAUGAUUUAUAGGCUGCGCCGACGCAUGCGUUACUAUAUAUAAUUUGUUAGUAAGCCAGAAUUGUAUAAAGCGAGCAGAAAUUUAGAAAAACAACCCACAAAGCAACCGCAACCUAAAGUAAACAGUAACAGUACAUACGUCGAUCAUUAAGAGAAAAGUUACCGCAUAACACAACAUACACAAUUGAUUAUGAUUACACAGAUACGGAUACACAGAUACAAGAUACACAGAUGCAAGAUACACGAUACAGAUACAGUUUCAGAUUCUAGUUACGGUUUAGUUGAUUAACAAUGUUAAGAGAGAGAGAGAAAGUGUGCAAAUACGAUGAAAUUGUAGCUACUACUAAUAAAAAAACAAAAGUUUGAAUACCAUGCAUAAUUUACACACACACACAC